CAACGCAACGUUUGAUCUUCCUUUGACGCAGCGUGCUUUGCUUUGGCUUUGGCGUGCCUUUUGUCCGAGGCCAAAGGGCCCUAUGUUUAUAAUGGCCGAAUCUCGCCAGCCUUUCUUUCUCCACUCAAUUUCCACACUCAAUUUCCAAAAGAAGCUCAUUGGCUACCAAAUUUCCGUCUCCACUAUCCACACCACUCUUACUCUAUAUGGCUCCUCAGAGAACAGCCAAAACAAACAAAAGGGCGAACAACCCGGCCAACGAGGCCUCCAAGGUUACCAAAGUGUCUACCAAGGCUCCCGACGCGUCUGAACGCGGUUCCCAAGAGCCGAACAAGAUUCCUCGCCCUCCCAAUUCUUUUAUCCUCUAUCGUUCUCGCAAGCUAGUGGAGAUGGCACAAUGCAAGACCUCGUCCACCACAAGACAACAGGCCAACCUCUCGAAGGAGAUAUCCCUCAUGUGGCAUGAGGAGUCCGACGAGGUGAAAGCUCGGUACACUAGCCUGGCCAAGGCGAAAGCUGAGGAGCACAAGAUCAAAUACCCCGGGUACAAGUACUGCCCAGGAAAAGGCAAGAAGAGAAAGUCGGCCGUCAAGAGAAGCUCGUCAGAGAUGUCUGGUUCAUCUUGUUCCUCUGAGAGCUCUGCCUCAUCGCAGGGCUCUGAUGCAUCCUGCUCGACCCAGAGCUCAUCCUCGAGAUCCGCGGUGCCGAAGUCUGUGAUGCGUUGGUCCCCAGUUGCGAUUCCAUCCUUGACUCCCCCUUUAAGGGGUGCAGAACGCCUUGUAUCUUGGCCACCUGCGGCUCCUUAUGUAGGUCUAGGCUCUGCUGCCGAAGUCCCUGAGACUCUCUGGGAUGAGAUGUCUCACCAAGUCGAUACCCAAGUCGAUACGCGCCUCGUCGCUGUUCCGGUACUGGAUACCUGCUUCGACGCUAGCGCUGGUUUCUACGAUCACGAUGGGUCGUAUCCUUACCUGCUUCCGGUUCCCGAAUGUGAACCCUCUUCGAAUACCCUGCAAUACCGAGCUCGUCACCACCAGGACUGGAUUUAAUUUAACUGAAGGGACUACUCGCUUUAUCUGACUUCUGUCUAUGCUAUAAACUUGCUCUUCUCUUGGCUAAUACACUUGUUUGGACGUG